GCUGUCUGCUUUGAGCAGGAAAACAUGGGGAUCAAUUGAAUUGCUGGGACCCUUAUUUUUCUUUCUUGCUUUCUUCUUGUAUCCAGAUUGAUCACUACUCCAGAACCAGCUUGCGACAUCCCACCAACUCCCGACACACCCCCAUAAAUGCGACCAAGUCGCAACUUGUCGCAUCAUGGAUGACCUUCCAACCGGCACUGACGACAAUGCCAUCAUGUCACUGGAGGGCUCUCCGAGCGAUGCUCUCUUUGGACUGGACACUGCCGACUUCGAUCCCUCCCACGAGGCCGAUCUUCGUGCCGACGAGACCGAGGCGGAGGAGAAGAUUGCGGACGAGAACGAGGUUAUGCUCAACGAGAGUAUGGCAGACAAAGAUAUGGAAGAUGUCGAAGUAAGCGGCGUCUCGAUUCAACCAGAAGUUGAAGACGCCACUGCUGAGCCUGCAACUGAGGCGAUCGCAAACCCCCCGCCCAGAACCGAUUUUGGCGUCAACGAACACACUCCUUCUCUUGAGGCAGAUGAUGCAUACGAGAACGAGACGGCAAUCACGAGUAAACGAGUCGGUAGUCUCACAAAUAUUGAGCCAGAGGAUGACAUAGAGGAGGCGAUAUCGAGAUUGCGCCCGUGGAACUUCGAGAUUAUCCUACCGCAUAUCUCACAGGAGGAACGCGCCCAAUGCCUCUCAAUAAAGAGCGACGUCGUGGACGAAGUCAUCGAGGAGGUCCCUGGUCUUGAAGGCGAACUGUGGUACAGGGUAGAGUUCACAGAUGGGCGACAAGAUACGAUACCUUUCGACGAAUUACUCGCGUAUGAAAGAGGCCAAGUCGCUCUUCAGACGUAUCAAGGCAUCAUGGCUCCAGACACCAGCCUUUGGCAAGACGAGGGGGAGGAGUCGAUUGCAGACUCUGACGCCGAUCUUGAUGCCAUUGAACUUGACGAAGAUGAAGCUCCCCGUCAAUCUAAACGUCUCCAAAGCUCGACACAUCGCCGCACCCGCGAGAAUUCCGAUUCCGAGGAGGACCCGCGUUCCCGCCGUUCCAAGCGCCAGCGUACAUCUACAAGACCGAGCACGAGACACAACUCGAAAGUGAAUUCAGACAACGGGAUCAUGGAUGAGGGUCCCGCGAGAGGUCGCCAACUAAGAGAGCGAACUCAGAGACAGCUCAAGUUGACAAGCAUGGCCUUUACCAGCAUGCCCUUGUCUAGGGACGAUGACUUGGACGAAUUGUCUCAAGACCACCCUCGCCAACCAUCCGACGACGAUGACGACUUUCAAAUCAUCACAUCCGACCUCUUACCCAAGUCCUCGUCUAGGCGCAAGAAAUCACGGCGCCUUAGGGUCAAGGCCAAGACCAUUGAGCAACCCAAAUCUCGUGGCUCCUCAAUCGAGUUUGAGGAUCGUCGUCGGUCUGGCAGAUCCACAAGGAACAAGGGCAGUAUGCUUGAUCUUGCUCUGAUGGAUGAGGAAUCAUUCUACAUUGAAGAUACAGCACCCGUCGGUGCCCCCAAGGUCAUGAACAUCAAGGAAGUCUUCAAGCAAAUUGACCACGACGCACCCUUCAACCAAUAUCACUCGGACAUCUGCGCUACUUGCAAUACCGGCCCUGCCGCCAACAAAGGUCCACUGAUCGGCUGUCAAGGCUGCUCCGUAUCAUUCCACAAAAGCUGUAUCGGUUACAGCUCUGCCAGAGAACACAUUGUCACCAAGGUUGGCGUGGACAAUUUUGUUCUACAGUGCAAGUUCUGCAUUGGAGUUUACGCCAAGAAGGACAAGAACAGCCCAAGACAUAGUCGAUGCCAAGAAUGCAAACGUUCCGGACGGUCAUGUGCGGCCUUCUCGUCCAAGAAAACACCCAGACAAGAAGAGAAAAUCCGUCUUGAGAAUGGUGGUGAAGAUCCUGCUACGCCAGUGGACUCGUCAUUGGUCAACAACGCCGACAACCUCCUGUUUCGCUGUACCAUGUGCAAGCGUGGCUGGCACUAUGAGCACUUACCGUCAUCACAGAUGGACUCGGAUGUGUCUGAUAUUCGCCAGCAGCGACUUGCCGAAUACUCUGUCGACUGGAAGUGUGUCGAAUGCGGCAUGGUAUCCGACAAGAUACAGACGUUGGUUGCCUGGCGGCCCCUGGGAAAAGACUCAAUCGAAUCCGGCAAGACUUACAGCGAUUUCAACGAGGAUGAAAAAGAGUAUCUCAUCAAGUGGCAGGACAAGUCGUACUUCCACUGCAGCUGGAUGCCUGGUGCAUGGCUCUUUCAUGUUGCCGCGGGUUCGAUGCGCAACUCCUUCGCGAAAAAGGAUGCGGAUCAGAACUUAGCCCUGAAAUUCACCGAAGCCGAGGCAAUCCCCCAAGAUGCCCUUAUGGCCGACGUCAUCUUUGAGGCCAAGGUGAAAGGAGGAAGACCAAAAACGCUGGAAGAUGAGAUGGAGCGCAUUGAGAGCGUCGACAAGAUCUUCGUGAAAUUCCAAGGUCUUGGCUACGACGAAGCAGUAUGGGAUUCGCCGCCAAAGCCAGAUGCUGGCGAGGUGUACACGGCAUUCAAGGCUGCGUACUACGAAUACCUCACUGGCAAGUACUUCACUAGCUCCACGAAUGCCAAAAUGAAAGAGCGUGUGAACAAGUGGAAGGAUAAGGAUUUCGUCAAGUUGACCCAGCAGCCCCCUGGUCUGCGCCGCGGCAAGCUUAUGGAAUACCAAAUUGAGGGCGUCAACUGGAUGCUAUGGAACUAUCACGGUGACAAGAACGCCAUUCUUGCCGAUGAGAUGGGACUGGGCAAGACGGUACAGGUCGUCAGCUUGAUCUCGACCCUGGUCCAUGGCGAGCCAAAGUGCUGGCCUUUCCUUGUGGUUGUUCCGAACUCGACUUGUCCAAAUUGGCGUCGCGAAAUCAAACAGUGGGCUCCAGACCUUCGAGUGGUCACAUACCAUGGCGGUAAACAAGCGCAAGAGUUGGCGUACAAAUAUGAGCUCUUCCCGCGUGGCUCUCAAGAUAUCAAAGCUCACGUUGUUGUUAUGUCAUAUGACUCUGCGCAAGAUGAUCGCACGAAACAUCUUUUCCGUUCAGUUCAAUGGGCUGGCCUGGUAGUUGAUGAGGGACAGCGAUUGAAGAACGACAAGAGUCUCUUGUAUACGGCUCUGCGUUCCAUGCGAUUCCCCUUCCGACUUCUCCUCACGGGUACACCACUGCAGAACAAUAAGCGAGAGCUUUUCAACUUGCUUCAAUUCAUCGAUCCAACCCAGAAUGCUGCGAAACUCGACGAAGAAUUUCUGGAGCUCAAUGCGCAGAACCUUCCCGAACUGCACGGUCGGAUCAAACAGUACUUCCUACGAAGGACCAAAGCUCAGGUGCUCAAGUUCUUGCCUCCCAUGGCUCAAAUCAUCGUUCCCGUCUCUAUGUCGAUCCUACAAGAGAAGCUUUGCAAGUCGAUCAUCGCCAAGAGUCCCGAUCUGAUUAAGGCAAUCUUUGCAGACGACAAGGUCAACAAGAAAGAUCGUGGCAGUCUGAAUAACAUCCUCAUGCAGCUGCGGAAAUGUCUCUGUCAUCCGUUCAUGUACAGCGAAGCAGUCGAAGAGCGAACGGUUGAUCAGACCCAGCUACACGAGAAUCUGAUUUCAGCUUCAGGAAAGUUGAUGCUGCUGAACAUCAUGUUGCCAAAGCUCAAAGCAAGAGGACACAGGGUUCUUAUCUUCAGCCAAUUCUUGAACCAGUUGGACAUUAUUGAAGAUUUCCUGAACGGUCUCGGCUUCCAAUAUCGACGACUUGACGGCAGUCUCAGCAGUCGGGAAAAGCAGAAGUACAUCGAUGACUACAACGAACCUGACUCUCCAGUCUUUGCCUUCCUUCUCUCGACGAGGGCUGGAGGUGUAGGGAUCAAUCUCGCGACCGCUGACACUGUCAUCAUCUUGGAUCCUGACUUCAAUCCACAUCAAGAUAUACAGGCUAUUUCGCGUGCUCACCGCAUCGGUCAGAAGCAUAAGGUGCUGUGCUUUCAACUCAUGACGAAGAAUUCAGCAGAGGAAAAGAUCAUGCAAAUUGGCCGCAAGAAGAUGGCUCUUGACCAUGUCUUGAUUGAGGCAAUGGACGAUCUAGGAGAGUCUGAAGACCUAGAAUCGAUAUUGAAAUUCGGUGCUUCAGCACUAUUCAGCGAUGAUCAGAGCGAAAAGGACAUCGUCCGGUACGAUGAUGCAAGCGUCGACAAGCUCCUUGACCGGUCGACUAUUGAACAGACAAAGACUGGCGACGACGAUUCCGCUGAAUCGCAAUUCUCCUUCGCUCGUGUCUGGGCCAAUGACAAAGACGGCUUCGAGGACAAUCUUGCUGAGGAAAAUGAGCCCACAGUCAAUCCUAACGUAUGGGAGGAGAUCUUGGCAGAGCGAGAGGCUGAAGCCAAACGCAUUGCCGAGUUGAAUAAGGAAGUUCUUGGUCGAGGUGGUCGACGCCGUCAGGCAAUCAGCUACAAGAACAACGGCGGAACCGGUGUGGUCACUGACCUCCCCAUCAACAGCGACAGCUCCGAUAACGACGGAGAGUUCGUUGGCGGAGAGGAUGAGGAGGAUCCUGAUACUGACGUUGAAAAUAGGGAUGACAGUUCCAAAGGUAAAGCUAAACCUUCAGCUUCUCGUUCGACUAAGACAAUUACGCGUGGCGUGAAGAGAAAGCAAGUUGACACAUCCACACCACAGAAGAAACGACAACGCAAGACCCCCAAAACCGACAUCGUGCGAUACACAAAGCCCAAAACGCCAACUCCACGCAAACCAAGACAGACACCUCAAAAACGAACUACCGCGGCGUCGCGACAGGCCAAGGCGCCCUCCACAAGUGGAAACUCAAUCCGAACUGGAAGCCCGGAUCAGGUCCAAACCCCAGACCAGACCACGGAGCAAUCCCACAAAACGGACGACCAAACCCCUAUCCUGUCUAUCCACCUUCUCAGUCCAACCCUAACCCCAUCUAUCACCAGCCCGGAGUCCAGUUCUACCAGCAGCCCCCUCCCGCACCAGGAAGCCGUUCCGGUCGACCAGUGAAGCCUGAUAUGGCCUGGCUUGACCACCUGACAGUAGUCCGAACGGCUGCUGGCGGUGAGUUGCCUACAACUCAGCAGGCUGCUCGUGAGUUCCAGCAGCAGCAGCAACAGUCCGCU